AUGGCUCAGUAAACCCGCACGUAGCAUCACACAAUCCUCAAUCAAAGAUGCGAAAGACUCUCUCUCUCUCUCCACCCGGGUGGAGAGCAGUCACAGACUCACAUGCCAACUUCCGAAGAAACCGUUUUGUUCCAUCUCUUGCUUGCUGCCGAGUUUUUCUAGUUUCUCUUACAUUUAGAGUGUAGACACACGGGUUUCAACUCGAGGAAAAAGAUAUGUCUGUGAAGUUAUCGACGUGGUUUGUAAGCGAGGGGAUCGGCGGAUUGAGCUGCAAGCACUCGGCUGUGCGCUUUUUCUUACCUCAUCGCUCACUUCCUGCUUCCUGCAAAAUGCGUCAGCGUAAUUUUAGUUCCCAGCAUAAAAAACAACAUUUGAAGAAAGCCUCUCAUGAACGGACUUCAACAAAUGCAGAUUUCCAGGCAAAUGGUGACGAGGAAUCUGAAACCGAAAAUGCUUCAAUUAUUAAUGUUCCAAUUUUGAGCCAGGAAAUUAUACCUACUGAUGAUGUUGACACUGGCAUAGCUAUAGAGCAUAUCAAUGCAAAGGAGUUGAGUGGCCCGACUGUACCCGAUGAACACAAAUCUUUGGCUAUAAACAUAAGUGGUGACAAGCAACUUUCGGGUGUUCAACAGGAGGACUUGAUUGGCAUGAUAAGAUAUGCAGAAAAAAAUGUCCUUCUUCUAAAUCAAGCCCGAGUGAGUGCACUUGAAGAUCUUGAAAAGAUUAUCACUGAGAAGGAGACACUGCAAGGAGAGAUCAAUGCUUUGGAGACGAAACUGGCAGAAACUGACGCCCGGAUUAAAGUUGCUGCCCAAGAAAAGAUACGUCUGGAACUCCUGGAAGACCAGUUAGAGAAGCUGCAGAAUGAACUGGCUCACAGGGAUGUUACUGAGUUAAGUGAGAUUGAUAUGAAUGAGAAUCAUCACAAACUUUUGCAUAAUGAAGCGUAUGUACUAGAUAGUGUUAGUUCUGUUAGCAAGGAGCUUAACUCAUUGAGGAAAGAGAAUAUCUCCCUCAAGAAUGAUAUAGAAGUACUUAAGACUAGUCUUAGUGAUGUCAAGAACACAGAUGAGCGCGUGCUUUUACUGGAAAGAGAACGCUCAUUGCUGGAGUCUUCCUUGAAAGACUUGGAGUCUAAACUGUCUGUUUCUCAGGAAGAUGUUUCCAAAAUUUCCACUCUGAAAGCUGAAUACAAGAGCUUGUGGGAGAAGGUAGAAAAUCUACAGGUAUUGUUAGAUAAGGCAACAAAACAGGCAGAUCAAGCUAUUAUAGUAUUGCAGCAAAACCAAGAGCUCCGGAAGAAGGUUGAUAAACUGGAAGAAUCCCUUGAAGAAGCUAAUGUCUAUAAGCUCUCAUCAGAAAAAUUGCAACAAUAUAAUGAACUAAUGCAACAAAAAAUCAAACUGUUGGAUGACCGUCUUCAAAGGUCUGAUGAAGAGAUUAAUUCUUGUGUACAAUUAUAUCAAGAAUCAGUGAAGGAAUUUCAAGAUACACUUAAUAGUUUGAAAGAAGAGAGCAAGAAAAGGGCAGCAGAUCAAUAUGUGGAUGACAUGCCUUUGGAAUUUUGGAGCCGUUUAUUGCUCAUAAUAGAUGGUUGGUUGCUUGAGAAAAAAGUAUCAACCAAUGAUGCAAAUUUAUUGAGAGAAAUGGUAUGGAACAGAGAUGGACAAAUUUACAAUGCAUACAUGGCAUGCAAGGAAAAGACUGAACGGGAGGCUAUAACUACGUUUCUCAGGCUGAUAUCAUCACCAGAACGUCCAGGAUUACAUAUCAUUCAUAUUGCAGCAGAGAUGGCACCGGUUGCUAAGGUGGGUGGUUUGGGGGAUGUUGUAAGUGGUCUUAGCAAAUCUUUACAGAAGAGGGGACACCUUGUCGAAAUUGUUCUUCCAAAAUAUGACUGCAUGGAAUAUGAUCGAAUUCGUGACUUAAGGGCCCUAGAUGUGAUGGUAGAAUCAUACUUUGCCGGUCAGCUAUUCAAAAAUAAAAUCUGGGUCGGCACUGUUGAAGGUCUUCCAGUUUAUUUAAUUGAGCCUCAUCAUCCUGAAAAUUUCUUCUGGAGAGGACAAUUUUAUGGCGAGCAUGAUGAUUUCAAACGUUUUUCUUUUUUUAGUCGUGCAGCGCUUGAGUUACUUCUUCAAGCUGGCAAGAAACCAGACAUAAUUCAUUGCCAUGAUUGGCAGACAGCUUUUGUUGCUCCACUUUAUUGGGAUUUAUAUGCCCCUAAAGGAUUUAACUCGGCUAGAAUAUGUUUUACAUGCCACAACUUUGAGUACCAAGGGACUGCUCCUGCUUCAGAAUUGGCAUCCUGUGGUCUCGAUGUCCAUCAGCUAAAUAGACCAGAUAGAAUGCAAGAUAACUCUGCACAUGAUAGGGUCAAUCCUGUUAAGGGUGGAAUUGUAUUUUCCAAUAUUGUGACAACAGUAUCACCUACUUAUGCACAAGAGGUGCGGACUGCUGAGGGAGGAAGAGGUCUUCAUUCAACCCUUAAUUCUCACUCCAAAAAGUUCAUUGGAAUUCUAAACGGAAUUGAUACUGAUGCAUGGAAUCCUGCCACUGAUAUAUUUCUCAAAGUCCAGUACACUGCAAAUGAUCUUCAAGGGAAAGCAGAAAAUAAGAAAGCUGUGCAAAGGCAUCUACAGCUUUCUUCAGCAGAUAUCAAGAAGCCACUGGUAGGGUGCAUAACAAGAUUGGUGCCACAGAAAGGUGUUCAUCUUAUUAGACAUGCAAUAUAUCGAACAUUGGAGUUGGGAGGACAGUUUAUACUUCUUGGCUCAAGCCCAGUCCCACAUAUUCAGAGAGAAUUUGAGGGUAUUGCAAACCAUUUUCAGAACCAUGAUCACAUUCGGUUGAUAUUGAAGUAUGAUGAGUCUCUUUCCCAUUCCAUAUAUGCAGCUUCUGAUAUGUUCAUCAUCCCAUCUAUCUUUGAGCCAUGUGGCCUUACACAGAUGAUAGCCAUGAGAUAUGGUUCUAUACCAAUUGCAAGAAAAACGGGUGGUCUGAAUGACAGUGUUUUCGACAUUGAUGAUGAUACAAUACCUCUCGAAUUUCGAAACGGAUUUACAUUUUUGACACCUGAUGAACAGGGUGUAAACAAUGCUUUGGAACGUGCAUUUAACCUCUACAAAAAUAACCCUGACAUUUGGAAGCAGCUUGUUCAGAAGGACAUGAAUAUAGAUUUUAGUUGGGACUCUUCGGCAGCGCACUAUGAGGAACUCUACUCAAAGUCUGUUGCAAGAGCAAGGGCUGCAAUUCGGACUUAACUUUGCUUGCCAACGAUAAUUCACAACCUCUUUGGUGAAAGGCUUGUUCUUACAAGCCUGCCCACCCGUUUAAACAUUUUUGGGUGCGUCUGUAUAAAGGUAGAGGUGAAUUGGAAUUCUUGAUUCAGGGAUGUUUAAAGUGGGACAGCCCCUCUAGCAAGCGGGGCGUGCAGCAUGAGAGUAAAUAGAGUUUUUAUGGCUUUGACAAGGGUGAGAGCUGGCAUUGUUGGUGGAUUUCACGUUCCUUGCCCCAUCUUCUCCCAACUUCCCAACUUCUUCCUCCAUUUUAUAUGCUAUUCACUUUAUAAUAAAAGCAACCUACCCCGGUUGUAUGAGGUUCUCAUAUUCUUUUUUAGACCUUUAAUGUAUACCUGCUUUCACAGGAGUUCAAGUGUGCAAUAUCUUUUAUGCUUUCAAUGUAAUAAAAGACACAUUCGAUAUAGAAAAAUAAAGAGCUCAUUGCCCUCAAGUUAUACCUAUACUCAAGUUCUUGGGCAAGACAGGCAAGCUUCAUUCUGAGGAAAUAUUGUGGUGGAAGAUGGAAAACCCUAAACAUGAUAAAAGCAAGGGUUCUCCAUCAACAAGUUACAGGUGCCAGAAAAACAGGAAGAUUGUUUUUCGAUAUCAUUUCUUAGACCUAUUUUGCUUGAAGCUACUCAACACAAGAAAACAACUUCCAGGCUUUGUAUGUCGUCAGCAUAAGAAACUAGAGUGCUUCAUUAAAGAUAAGAAAAGAAUAGAAAAAUCUCCUGGUAUCAUCUGUGUCCGAACUCGAAGAUCAUUGACUUCACGAAACCAACUUUGCAUGAAUAAAUCCCAGUAGGUUUUGGCCUGUCUUGUCUAUAUUAUUACUUAUUUAAGCAUGAGUUUCAUAAUUAUCUUGGAAAUGUAACACAAAAUUCACAUUAAGCUCUUCAUUACUUUUUCAAACAAACAAUCAAUCAUUUACAUCCCAAUAUCAGUCCGAAAAGGGAAAAUUCACUUUGUUUCACUUUCCGGGGACAAAGUUAGUGGCAUAAGCCCAAGCAUUGUUGUUCACAGGGUCUGCAAGGUGGUCAGCCAGGUUCUCCAAGGGUCCCUUUCCUGUCACAAUGGCUUGAACAAAGAAU